AUGUAUCGAAUUUCUGUCAUUGUUUUUUGUUUUGUUUUGUUUUGUUUUUUCCUUCUCCCUUUCUUUUCAGCGUUCAAAUUAUCUACCCUUAUUUUUCCCUUUCUUUUUUCUUUCUUUCUUUUUUUUUUCUCUUAUUUUUCCCCUCCUGUCGCGUUUUUGUCUCCUCCCACUGUUAUCUGUCUUUCUUUUUUCUUUACUAAAUCUUGUUUUGUAAAUCAUUACUUUCGAUUUCUUCUUUCUUUCAUUUCUCUCAAAAGGUUUCCUUUCUUUCUUUCUUUCUUUCUUUUUCUUCAAAUCUUUCUUUUUAAACUUUCGGUUUCUUUCUUUCAUUUCUCUCAAAAGAUUUUCUUUCUUUCUUUCUUCGUUAAAUAUUUUCUUUUGUUUCUUUUCUUUCUUUCUUUCUUUCUUUCUUUUCAAAUCUUUCUUUUUAAAUACAUCAUUACUUUCUUUCCUUCUUUUUUCAUACAUUUUUAUUUCUCGAAAGGUUUUCUGUCUUUCUUUCUUUCUUCGUUAAAUCUUUUGUUUUGUAAAUCAUUACUUUCGAUUUCUUCUUUCUUUCAUUUCUCUCUAAAGAUUUUGUUUCUUUCUUUUUUAUUCUUAUUAUUAAGUACAAAUUCAGAUAAAUAUUAUACUUUUGAUGAUGAUGAUGAAUGUGCUUCGUGCGUCGUCAAUCAUUUUAUAUUCCAUGGUAAAUAUAAUUAA